AUGGACGCCUCCUCCCUCCGCAUCUCCAAGUUCGAUGGAACUAACUUCCACGCCUGGAAGUUCAAGAUGCAGAUGGUGCUGGAGGAACGGGACCUAUGGGAGGUCGUCAGCGGUGAGAUCAAGGCGGAACAGUGCGAGACUCAGUUGGACCAAGCGACGUACAAGAGGAAGUCAAGAAAGGCGAUGGCAGUGAUCUGUCUAGCCAUGGAAGAUUCCCAGCUACCGUUGGUCCGGUCGGCAAGUGGUGCAUGCGACGCAUGGUCAAGGUUGGAAGACCACUUCGAGAAGAAGAGUCUUGCCAACAAGCUGUUCUUGCGCCGUCGCUUCUUCACGACAAUGAUGGAAGAAGGCGACGAUGUGCUCGAACACAUCAACAAGCUCAAGACGCUGGCGGAACAGCUAGAAGCGGUGGGGGCUCCAGUCUGCGAGGACGAUCUGGUGAUCACACUCCUCGGCAGCCUGAGUGACUCGUAUCAAUUCUUGAUCACAGCUUUGGAGUCGCGCUCAGACACUCUUAGCUGGGAGCUCGUGACGUCUCGACUGCUUCAUGAAGAAAUGAAGCGGAAGGAGCAAGGAAGUAAAGGUGAUGAAGCUUCGCAAGGUCAAGCGUUCAUCACAAGGGACAAUCAGCGCAAAGGGCGACCAGUGAAGAAGUCCUGGCCGUGCCACAAUUGCGGAAAGAUUGGUCACUGGAUGGCGGAGUGCCCCUCGCGCAUCCAAGAAAACACGGAGAGACAACGGCCACAGCGUGCUCAAGACAGCGGCGACCGCUAUCGAUCACAACGUGCAAACGUCGCUCAAGAAGAAGACUCGGGCGACUACCUCUUUUCGAUCGGUGAAACGACAUCUGCGAAAUCGAGCGACAUCUGGCUGGUCGACUCCGGGGCGACGCAGCACAUGACGUGCUCCAAGAAGUUCAUGCGGAACUACAAGGGGUUUGACGCUGUGGAUGUCCAUCUCGCGGAUGACGGAAUCGUCCAAGCAAUCGGCAGUGGGGACAUUGUCAUGUCGAUGAAGACACCCCAAGGGAUGAAGAAAGGUGUGCUCACAAACGUGUGGCACAUCCCAAAGUUAUCCAGAAACCUGUUCUCGGUCGGCCGCUUCACCAAGGAUGUCGGCCCAGUGACGUUCACGAAGGAUGGGUGCUAUGGAGAAGCGAAAGGGACCAAGUGGAAAAUUGGUGCCCGUGAAGGUAAAGGACUGUUCAAGCUGCAAAUGACUCCAGUGGCGCCGGAACAAGCAAAUGCAGCCAAGUCGUCGGGAUGUCAAGGGGGCACCAAGUCGUACCUCUGGCACCUUCGGCUUGGCCACAUAGGUCACGAUGGACUCAAUUGCAUCGUGACGAAGAACAUUGAAUUGGCAUCGACAUAUCUUCGGUGA